AAAAAUGUUGAUGGAUUCAAUGAGGUCGGAUUGGAUGAUUGGAUGUUGGAUUAGAUAAAUUUGCUAAUAAAACAGAGUCAUCACUCAUAGGUUUUUGGUGGUUUAUAAAAGCCGAAAAUGGAGACAAUUUUAGAACAGCAAAGAAGUUAUCAUGAAGAGAGAGAAAGAACUAUGGAUGCUAUGGUCAAGGAAAUAUUGCAUAAAAAAACUGGUCAUCGAGAAACUAUCAAUGGAGAUCAUCGUUUAAAAAAUUUACAUGAUAGAUUCAUUGAAUCUACAAUCAGACUUAAAGAAUUGUAUGAAGAUAAAGAUGGUUUGCGCAAAGAAGAGAUUGCAGCAUUGUCAGGACCAAAUGAAUUUCAAGAGUUUUAUGCCAGACUAAAGCAGAUAAAAGAAUUUCACAGGAAACAUCCCAAUGAGAUUUGUGUUCCAAUGUCAGUAGAAUUUGAAGAGUUGGCGAAAAUAAGAGAAAAUCCUGCUGAAGAUUUUACCACACCUGUUGAAUUCACUGAUGAAGAAGGAUAUGGAAAAUAUCUGGACUUACAUGAAUGUUAUGAAAAGUAUAUUAACUUGAAAGGCAUUGAGAAAGUGGAUUACAUCACAUAUUUGAGUAUUUUUGAUCAUCUCUUUGAUAUACCCCGUGAACGCAAGAACAGUGAAUACAGGAAGUAUAUUCGAGCUUUACUGACAUAUUUAAAGGAUUUUGUGAAUAGGGUAAAACCUCUUUUAGAUCAAGUACAAGAAAUGGCACUAGCCCAUCAAGAGUUCUUAAAACAAUGGGAGGCUGGUAGUUUCCCUGGGUGGCCGAAAGAAACAGGCGGUGCUUUAACAAAUGUGGGUGCUCAUUUGGACCUUUCUGCAUUUUCUUCCUGGGAAGAGUUGGCUUCACUUGGUUUAGAUAGAUUGAAGUCAGCAUUGAUGGCUCUUGGACUUAAAUGUGGAGGAACCUUGGAAGAAAGGGCACAAAGAUUGUUCAUUACUAAAGGACAAACUGCACUGGACAAGUCACUGGUUGCCAAAAAAGGAAAUAAAGCAAAAGCUUCUACUCAACAAAGGCAUAAAGAUAUAGCAGCAAUUGAAGCUCAAGUCUAUAGAUUUGCGGGCGUAGUUAGCAGUACCAGGGCUUCCACUAUAGAGAACGUGACCCGUCGAGCGGCACGUGCCGCCGGCGAGCGACGCGACGAUAGCGGCGACGAGAGCGACGCCUCCGCCGCGCCCGAUGUGGACUCCGACGACGACGAGGUGCCAUACAACCCCAAGAACUUGCCGCUCGGAUGGGACGGGAAGCCUAUCCCAUACUGGCUUUACAAGCUCCAUGGUUUGAAUAUCAGUUACACUUGCGAAAUCUGCGGCAACUACACCUAUAAAGGUCCGAAAGCAUUCCAACGUCAUUUCGCGGAGUGGCGUCACGCUCACGGGAUGCGUUGUUUGGGCAUACCGAACACUGCCCAUUUUGCCAAUGUCACUCAAAUCGAAGACGCUCUUGCAUUGUGGGAAAAAAUCAAACACCAGAAAGAGAAUGAAAGGUUUGUGGCCGAAAAUGAUGAAGAAUUUGAAGAUUCGCAAGGAAAUGUUGUUAAUCGUAAGACCUAUGAAGAUUUGAAACGUCAAGGACUUCUGUAAAUUGUAAAGUUAUUUUUUCUGUAGUGAAAAUAAACAGUAUAAGCUAUAUGAAAUGUGUUUUUUUUAAAUCCUUUUGUUAAAAUAUUGAAGUGCGUAUGCUCGCUUUUUUAUGUUAAAAGACUGCCAAAUAAGCAUAUGAUGGUAAGUUGCGG